CGUCGCCAGGAGAAGGGCCGAGAGUCAAUGGCAGCCGGCGGUAGUCAAGAGGCACCAUUAUUGGCAUGGAUCUGAACAUGAAAGCGUGGACCUGUCCGUGAGUACCAGUCCGUACUCUGUCGUAGCAGCGAUGAUUCCAAGACCUGAAAGACUCGAGGCGGGCUGAAGCCGUGUGUUCUCUUCCAUUGAUUGAUUCCACCAGUCGGCAAGUCACCUUGGAGUGCAAGUGAUCCAUGAGCUGCCGUGGUCUGUGACGAGGACCUUUUACUUGUCGGAUGCAGUGACCUGGCGACGUUCAUGCAACACGCUGACAGGUGGAUUCCCGUCUCCAAUGUUUCCGGGAAUCGAAUCGACCCUCGGCUUGUCGUGACGUUGUCAUUCUGGGCAUGAUCUCAUCUCCAUUCCUGGCGUUCGAAGUAGUGGAGGAAGACUUGAACUUGGGAUAUUUGACGGGUUUCGUCUCCCGACUGAGCGGCAGUGCUUUAAGUCAGCCUACAGUAGGCGUUGAAAGCAGGAUGUCGGCCACUGCAGUGUGGCACUAGUAGUAAUAUAGGCUCUCGCUUGUUAAACAGCUUUUAGGUACCUAGGUACCACACAAAACCGACCAGUACCUAACGUUACCAGUAGGCGAGCAAACAACCUUGGAAUUCGUUCGCGCCGACAACCCGGUACAUGUACGCUAUCUAACUUACUAGUAACAUGCGAGUCAACUGCUACUGCACUGCCAAUCAUGCAGUCAGCCAACUGCAGCUACAUCUCCCUCGUUUCUUCUUCUUCGGGCCGAUAACGUGCGGCCGGGCCAUAUCCCGCCUAGCGCUCCAGAUUGCCGGGAGGCACCUAUGCCUGAGUGUACAGACCUAUUACUAGUAUCUGACUACGAUACAUGGACGGCAGGAUACCGUCGGCGUGCCGUAUGCUGUACCUACCUACCUACCUACCUAGGUAUCUGAGGUUAGGAUACCUUAGCUAGGAACCAGGUAGUCACCCCUGCCAAGACUCAGCCUUACGGUUUCUUGGACAAUACACUGCAGUAAAGUACCUACCUAGGUACCUGGUACCUUCCAGUCUAUCUCAGUGACGCGGGUGAUGUGAUGCCCAGAACUCGAGUCUCCAGUGAAGGAACACCCCGUGCAAGAGCGAAAGGGAUUGGCCCUCUUUGAAUAAUAUACAUACGUUGUGGCUAUGGAAGACCUGUCUUCUUGUACGCAAGACACCUUUGUCACCAAUGGUUCGUUCUAGAUCAAGUUCACGUCCACGCUUCAAGAUUGCCUUUGCAGAUUCCACCCGCCGCAAUCCACGGUUUCAAGUUGUCUCCAAACCACCACGGCACACAUCCCCUCUGCGCAUUGUGGGACCUGGUAUUCAAGCUCACUUCUUCCUGAUGGCGGCGAGGUGUGCAUCUGCAACCGUGCUGCCGGCUCUCAUCUCGGCCAGGAAUUUGUCGGGAUCGACCACGCAGACACACAUGCCGAACAGGUCUUUGAGCCAGUCGACCUCAUUUUGCAGAAUGAUUCCCUGUGUUUUAGCAGUCGAUAGCUCCACAUUGCUUAUGGUCUGCUCGCUCUUGAGUGCAUCAAUCUCGGCUUGCAGUUUCUCCUUCUGCGCUCGAGACACCGCCAGUUCGGACGACUGCUGAUGCACCUUUUGGAUAUGGGAGGAUAGUUCUUCAGUCUGGGCCAGGAGUUUGCCGUGCACCUCUCUGACCUUCGAUUGUCCCUCGGCAUUGCAGCGGAUCUCUGCUUUCUUCUCCUCCAGCUCCUUGUGUAGCGAGAGAACCUGGCUGCGGAGCACCUCCGAUUCAUCAUCCUGCGCCCGAGUCUGGUCGAUUGCUUGAGCAAGACUUUCCCUACAACAGUUGAACUGUUCGAGGAGACCGUACAGCACAUUUGGCCCUUCUGUGCCUAGAAGUUUGCGGCGUUUUCUGGGUAGAAGAGAAUUCUCAUCCAUCGACGGCCUCGGUGUCGGUACUUGAUCCGAGCCCUCGUCGCGUGGCGCCAUUGGCGUUUCAGCAUCUUUGGUAUUACGCGAGCCAUUCUUGUUCUUGGCCUGUCGAGCGUCGCGUAUCAAAUCCUCUUCCUUGUUGAUGGCUCGUUCACUGCGUUCGUCGUGUGCGAGCAACUGAUUUUCCAUCUCUGUAUGAUACCAGUUCUCAGAGGUGCUGUGCAGAGGUUAACUAUUAUUCUCACCGAUUCAAAACAUGACCCAUACCCGAGACCGUAAGUCGAUCCAAGCAUCACCCACUUGGUGUUGCUCCUGAUUGAAUACGCAAUUGAUUUUGCAUCCAGAGCAACUUUGGUGCGGAGGAUCAUUUGAUAUGCCCUUCUUGGUCUGGCC